AUGGCAACCCGCUCCUGGAGCUCCGCUUGUCCCUCAUCCCCUCUCAAUCAAGGAGAGCUGGGACCCACUCUUCCGGCAACCGCCGUUGAGUCAUCAAGCCUUGAACCCAAGGUCUACGGGGAAAUCUCCCUUGGACAAGCAAUCUCCCUUAUCCUGGGAUUGCAAAAUCAAAUCCUCCGACUUGAGCAAGAACUCAAAGAAACAAAGGAAGCCACAAAGGAAGCCCAAGACUGGAUGGGCGCAGUCGAUCAAGCCCUCACUUGCAUUGAGGCUAGGGGUGGAGCCCCCCACACACCAGAAGACCGGAAACCUCUGGCAAUCAAGGCCACGCCCAGGCCCCUAUCCAAAACCGACACUUUUCCAGCGCCUAGUGCGCCCCUUGUUGCCUGGGCCGCCCCCUCCAAAGCUCCCCCCGCCUUCGCGCAACCAACUCCCGUCCGGGCUCCCCCGCGAGUCCAUACUCCCCCUCCACCUUUGCCUAUCCGCCUCCGUUCCCCCCAAGUACCAGCGGCCCCUGUAGCCGCUUAUCAAACCCCUGUCAAGGUAGACCACCCUGACGCCUAUACGGGGAAAAUUGGGAACAAAGCCCGCCAAUGGCUCACGCGGAUGUUGGCAUGGGUACAUCUAAACCAACGGAUGUUCCCAACCGAUCAGGAGGUCCUGUCAUUCCUCCUGAUGAAUAUGAAGGACGCAGCAGGAGCCUGGGCUCACCCCCAUCUCGACCAACUAGGGUCCCACAGGGCCUUAAUUCAAUUGGUUGACGACUUCAGGACGGAGUUCUUGGCUGCAUUUGGCAACCCAGAUGCUACGCAAGCCGCCGAGCGGCAAAUCACCCACCUUACUCAGACAGGCUCCUGUGCUGAGUACAUUACAAAGUUCAGAACCAUCGCCAUGGACCUGGACUGGAAUGACGCCGCCCUUCGUGGGCAAUUUGCACGUGGCCUCCACUGGGAGGUCAGCCGUCUCAUCGCCACUCAAGAACGGCGCCCCACCACCCUCCUCGAGCUACAGAACGUAGCCAUGGUCAUCAAUAACGCCCUCCGCGAGGAGCGUGCCAGCCACCCGCCUAAGGGUAAUAAGCCUGGAACCUCUUCUACUACCCCCAAUAGGGGGGCAAGUACCGGCCAACCAGCCACCAGACCAGGGCGCUUGUCCAGCGACCCUAACUUUGUCUCUGAGGAGGAGCAAAACCGCCGCAGGGCCAAAGGCCUCUGCAUCAAAUGCAGUAAGAUGGGCCAUAAAUUUGCGGAAUGCCGCACUGGCUGGAAGGCCACACCCAAGGAGGAAGGUGUCAAAAAGGAAGCCGCCAAGAUUGGCAAAGAACUAAGGGUACCUGCUGCCGCGCGCAAGGACCCCAAGGACUCUGGGCUUAUUGAAAUCUGUAAUAUAUCGAAUAGCAUCAAUAGAAUUUCCCCACUCUUCACAAUUUCAAUUAAGCCAGAGAAACAAGCAGACCCACUAGAAGUCCUGAUAGACUCAGGCGCUACAUCAUUGUUCCUUCACCCUCACACCGCGGAACUACUCCGCCUACCCCUAAUAGAUCUCCCUCAACCCCGUACCGUAACUAUGCUUGAUGGGUUGAGCCCCCAGGCUGGAAAGAUUUGGAAGAAGGCCCACCUAACCUUCCUAUUUGAUGGUAAACAAAUGACGGAAACUUUCCUGAUUUGCAACACCGGAUCACACGCUGCCAUCCUAGGAAUUAAAUGGUUAGAAGCCCACAACCCUGAAAUCAAUUGGAAUUCCCGUACUCUCUCCUUCCCACAUACGCCACCAGAACAUGCAACCAUUGCUGAGGAGGAGGAAGCUGAUCAAAAACCCCUUGAAGGAGUCCCCUCCAAAUACCACCAAUACGCCAAGGUAUUUGGAGAGGAGGAAUUCAAUAAGCUUCCCCCCCAUAGGCAUUACGAUAUUGGGAUCAAGCUCACAGAGGAAGGACCCCUUAACUCCCCCCUUUAUAGUAUGACUGAUGCCAAGUCCGCCACCCUCAAGGACUGGCUUAAGGAUGAACUCAAAGCUGGGAAGAUCCGUCCCAGCAAAUCACCUAUCAGCUCCCCAGUCAUGUUUGUCCCAAAAAAGGAUGGUUCCCGUUGUCUUGUAGUUGACUAUUGUUGCCUCAAUAACCGGACAAAAAAGAACGUCUAUCCGUUGCCUUGCCCAGAUGAUCUCAUGGCCCAGCUCCGCGGCGCCAAGAUCUUUACUAAGCUAGAUCUAAGGUGGGGAUACAACAAUGUCCGGGUAAAAGAAGGUGACAAAUGGAAAACGGCCUUCCGUACCAAAUAUGGUUUAUACGAGUCCCUGGUCAUGACCUUUGGCCUGACAAAUGCACCUGCAGCUUUCCAACACUUCAUGAACAAGUUGUUCAAGGAUCUACUGGAUGUAUGCGUCAUCAUCUACCUAGAUGACAUCUUGAUUUACUCAAAGGAUGACGCAACUCACACAAAACACGUCCAUGAGGUUCUGAAGCGGUUGAUGGAUAACCAGCUCUUCUGUAAAGCGUCCAAAUGCACGUUCCACGUCACCUCUGUGGAAUACCUAGGGAUUAUUGUCUCGGACAAGGGUUUUAGUCUGGAUAAGCUCAAGAUCCAGGCAGUACAAGAAUGGCCGGUUCCUACAAAAGUCAAAGAAGUCCAAUCGUUCCUGGGUUUUGCCAACUUUCUCCGCCGAUUCGUUGCCAACUUCAGUCACAUGGCUAGACCAUUGCACAAUCUGGUAAGAAAGGACACAACAUGGAAGUGGGACACCAGGGAACAGGAAGCUUUCCAGAGCCUUAAGGACGCUAUCACCAACGCCCCAGUACUUUGCCACGCGGAUCCUACCAAACCCUAUUUCCUGGAAACGGAUGCAUCAGGUGCAGCUCUGGGGUCAAUACUCAGCCAACGGCAAGAAGACGGAAGACUACACCCCUUGGGGUUCCUGUCGGAAUUGUUCAAAGGUGCCAAACAGAACUAUGACACCCAUGACAAGGAACUCCUCGCAAUCAUCCGGUCAUUUGAGUAUUGGCGAAUAUUUCUGGAGGGGACAAAACACCCAAUCACGGUUUUCACGGAUCAUUGCAACCUGGAAUACUGGAAGGAGUCCAGAACCUUCAAUCAACAACACGCACAAUGGCAUCUACUCCUUGCCGGUUAUAACUUCCAGAUUGUCUAUUGCCCCGGAAAGCAAUCAGGGAAACCAGAUGCCCUCUCACGCCAAUCAGACCACGCCAAUAUCCCUCCUGCAGUCCAAACCAUGCUCCCAGACCCCGUAUUCGCAAACAUCGCCCUAGUCACGCCGGAAAAGGAGCUACAACGCCAGAUCAAAGCGUCCCUAGAUCAAGAUGAGUCCCUGGAGGAAAUCCUCCAAUUCUUACAGAACGAGUCCAAAGCACCCCCCUCCAUCAAACGCGCAUUCAAAGAUUACAAGAUGGAGGCUGGAUUACUGUUCUACCAAGGACGAAUCGUGGUCCCUGACGUUGGAACAUUAAGGACGGAUCUACUCCACAUCUUCCACGACAGCCCCUUGGCAGGACAUCCGGGAAGACAGCGUACCCUAGAAUUGGUGUCAAGGAAUUACUACUGGCCCGGUAUCCGUGCGGACACAUAUUGGCAUGUGGACUCUUGUGAAACAUGUCAACGGAUCAGAAAGCCUAAGUACGCCUCUAUCCCGCCUCAGCCGCUUGAACUUCCUGUCAGACCCUGGCAACACGUAUCAUACGACAUGAUAGUAGACCUGCCUAAAGACAGAAGCAACAACUCCAUCCUGGUCAUAGUGGACAGCUUCACAAAGUAUGGGAUUUUUGUCAAAUGUUCCAAAAAGCUCAAAGCCCCUGAACUAGCAGAAUUAUUCCUGGAACACGUGUGGAAACGGCAUGGCAUGCCUGAAAAAACGGUCUCAGACAGGGGAAGGGUGUUCAACAAUAAGUUCCUGAAGGCACUAUACAAAUGCCUAGGAAUUGACCCCCAUUUCUCCUCGGCGUACCACCCCCAGAGCGAUGGACAAACGGAGCAAGUCAACCCUUCCAUCAAACACUUCCUAAGGGCCUACUUGGGGGUUAACCAACGGGACUGGACUAAGUGGCUGCCAAUGGCGGAAUUUGCAUACAACAACGCCGUGCACAGUAGUACUGGGAAAACUCCUUUCAAGGCCUUAUACGGAUGGGAACCCACCUUAACCCCAUCCAACGUACCCACAGAUGUCCCAGAAGCGGACAAACUUGCCCAAACAAUGGAAGCGCAAUGGAAGGAAGUAGAGUCGGCCCUCCGGCAAGCCAAGCAACGGAUGACAGCCAGAGAAAGCGGAAGCCCGACGGAAUUCAAAAUUGGAGAAGAAGCUUGGCUUGACGCCAAGAAUGUCAACCUCAAAACCUUAAGCCCCAAACUAACAGAACAACGUUUGGGCCCGUUCAAGGUUACCAAGAAAAUCUCCGACCGCGCUUACCGGCUUGAACUACCCCCAACAAUGCGCAUUCACAACGUCUUCUACGUGGGGCUUCUAUCUAAGGUCAAAAGGGACAACAAACGCGCCUUCAAGAACCGCCCACCACCAGUCACCGUGGAUGGGGAAGAAGAAUACGAGGUGGAGGGGAUCACCAAUGCUGAAGAAAGGAACGGGAAAUGGUUCUUCCGAGUCAAAUGGAAGGGGUACGGAUCCAAAGAGAAUACAUGGGAACCUCAAGAAAACUUAAAAAACGCCGAAAAAAUUUUAGAAAAAUACGAAAAGGAGAUGAAAAAGAAGGCCCUUGGCGCUGCCAAGGCCCUUAAAGGGGGGGCAGUGUUGUAG